CGGAGAGUUCAAUCUGAGUUUUCACUUGGACGAAUAUUGGGUUUGUAGAGGCCCUAGGGUUUGGAAAUCUCUCAACGGCUAUCCCAAUCUAUGUUAAAGUGCUACUCCUUUCUAUAUACUCUCAAAUAGCCGUUGCCGCUUCACCUUCUCUUUCCAAUUUGAAUUUCUCUUCAAGCGAAGGGGAAGAAAGAAGAAAAUCACCGAAAAAAAUAUAUCCUUUUUCACUCUUUGCAUUUGAAGUUUUUAACGUUACUUCUUCAGUAAGGAAAUUCAGACGCCAAUAAAUGUUUUCGUUUAUUCUAAUUUCUGUUUUGUGUUUGAUUUGCAACGUUAAAAGAAAAUGAUGCACAUAACGCCAGAUCAGUACGGCAAGAAAGUUGGAUCAGAUCGGAACUCUAAUAAGAACCGCCGUCACGACAAAGAUAGCGAGACUAACGUCCAAGCUUUGCUUCACCGCAGGUCAUUAAGCGACGAUGAAAAGAAAUUGAAUGUUUCUAAAGUGGUGACAAGUAAUGAAACCAAACGGGAAGUAGAUAGAGUAUUCACCUUUGACGAGGUUUUUGAAGGACAAUGUUAUCAUCGUCCUCCUCUCCUAAAUGGCACCAACUACCUCUAUUGGAAGAAUAGAAUGGCAAUAUGGAUCAAGUCGCAAGAUUUAAGAAUUUGGGACGUCAUCGAAAAUGGAAACCAUGUUCCGAUGAAGACAACAUCAAAGGAAGUGGGAGAAGUUGAAACGUCAACCGAAGAACUUAAACCAAAAAGUGAAUGGACCGAUGACGACUAUAAAAAGGUCUCAUUCAAUUUCAAGGCAAUCAACUAUCUUCAUUGCGCCAUCACACAAAAUGACUACAUGAUGAUUUGUACGUGUGAAACGGCAAAGGAGAUAUGGGAUAAGUUGAGUAUAACACAUGAAGGAAUAGGUCAUGUAAAACAAUCAAAGAUUUCCCACCUUGUUCAUGAAUAUGAACUCUUCCGAAUGAAGGAAGAUGAAAAGAUCGAAGACAUGUUUGGGAGAUUUUCAAACAUUAUUGCGAGCCUCAACUUGCUAGGAAGAAAGAUACCAGAAAGAGAAGUUGUGAGAAAAAUAUGAGGAGCUUAACACCGCAAUGGAACACCAAGGUGACUGCCAUAAAAGAAGGGAUAAAUUAUGAUGGUCUCACCUAUGACCAAUUGAGAGGUAAUCUAAUUACACAUGAGAUUACUUUCCUCAAGAAGUCAUAAGGAGAAGAUAAAAAGAAAAAGAGUUUGGCGCUAAAAGCAUCAUCAUCAAUCAAAGAAGAAGACGAUGACAACGAAGAACAAGAAUUUUGCUUUAUUGUUGAAGAUAUUUAACAAACUAGCUCAAAGAAAAAAACUGAAUUUCAAAGGAUGAGUCAAGGCAAAGGACCAAAAUGUUGUUAUGAGUGUGGUAAACUUUGUCAUAUCAAGUCUAAUUGUUCAAGUUCUAAGCUUUCGAAAGGAGAAAAAUAAAAGAAAUUCAAGAA